AAACCGAUUACGCUACAUACUUUACAACUACACCACCAACUAACAAAUGAAUGCACAACUCACUUUAUUUAUGGCAAUCCCAUCUUUAUUAAUUGUAAUCAACUCUCAAUUUUUACUUCUAAAAGUAAAACUCAAGUAUUUUCAGGUUUCAUGUUUCAUUCAUGUUAACAACCAAUUCUGGUUAGGUCUCAACAACGGGAAAAACAAAAAAGAGGAAAGCAAUGAGGUUUAUUUUGAACAACAACAAAAACAGCCCAUUUUCAUCUGCAUACAAACAUAAUCAUGUUUUUGUGAAGUUUGUUGUGUGUGUUCUCAUAUUGGGUUUGGCUUAUCGCCUCCUUUCCUCAACUUCUAUACAAUUUUUUUCUGAUGUGGGCACUGAUAUACCACCUGUUGUGGACAAUGACAAUAUAUUGCCACCUCCGGUGGGUAUUUCGCCGUUUCCCGAUGAUUUUCCGGUGAAUGAGAACCCAACUACUCAAAUUGGUGAUUUUCCGGUGAAUCAGAGACCAGCUACUCAAAAUGGUGAUUUUCCAGUGAAUGAGAACCCAACUACUUCUCAAAUUGGUGAUUUUCCGGUGAAUGAGAUCCCCACUACUCAAAAUGAUUUGAGGGAUGAGGCUAAUGCAAUGCCACCUCCCGUGGGUAAUUCGCCGUCUUCCAAUGAUUUUCCGGUGAAUGAGAGCCCAAUUACUCAAAAUGUCACAGGAAAAUGUGAUAUUUUUAGGGGAGAUUGGGUUCCAGAUACCUCUGCUCCAUUUUACACCAACAAGAGCUGCCAUUUUAUAGACGCUAAUCAGGAUUGUAUGACGAAUGGGCGCCCUGAUACACAAUAUCUCUACUGGAGGUGGGUUCCGAGAGACUGUAAGUUACCCAAGUUUAAUUCGGAGAGGUUUCUUCAUUUAGCGAGGGAUAAAUCAUGGGGCUUCAUUGGUGACUCCAUUUCACGUAAUCACGGGCAGUCAUUACUUUGCAUGCUCUCGCAGGUGGAAGAAGCUACUGAAAUCUACCAUGACGAGGAAUAUAAAUCAAGGACGUGGUAUUUUCCACACCACAACUUCACACUUGCAAUAAUUUGGGCCCCUUUACUUGCCAAAACAGCCAUUUUUGAAGACAACAACGGAGUUUCAUCAGCAGCAAUGAAGCUUCAUAUUGACAAACUUGAUGCAGUAUGGACUGAACAAUACAAAAAACUAGAUUAUGCACUAAUUGCUGGUGGGAAAUGGAUAUUCAAACCUGCAAUCUACUACGAGAACGACACAGUGGUGGGCUGCCACAACUGCACUGGAAAGAACUUAACAGUGCUAGGAUUUGACGACGUGUAUCGCAAAGUACUACGGUUGAGUUUUGAUUUUGUAACCAGUUCGAAUCGCAAAGUGAAUUUUUUCUUUCGAAUGACUGCACCGGAUCACUUUGAAGGAGGAGAAUGGCACAGUGGGGGUUAUUGCACUAGAACAAUGCCAUUCAAGGAAGGAGAGGUGAAUAUGAGUUAUGUAGACACCAUAAUGCAUAGCAUUGAGUUGGAAGAAUUUGAGAAGGCAAAGGCCGCAGGAAGCAGAAAUGGGAUGAGUUUGAAACUACUGAACACAGCCAAUCUUUCAUUGUUGAGGCCUGAUGGACACCCAGGAGCAUACAGGCAGAGGCAAUUCCAAUUACUUGCCAAAGACAAAAAUGCAAAAGUUCCAAAUGAUUGCUUGCAUUGGUGCUUGCCUGGACCUAUAGACUCCUGGAAUGAUUUGUUGAUGGAAAUGUUGGUUAAUGGCCAAGAUUAGAAGCAUCACAACCAAUUUGCAAAAAAUCACUGGAUUGAUUUGAUGCUAGUCCACAUGAUCUGAAGAAAGAGCAGUAGCAAAAUCCAAUAAAACCCAUCAUCAAUACAUUUUUCCACAGGUUGAAGCUUGCAAGAAGAAGCUGAAGUUACCUGAAAUCGUUUGUAUUUAUUUUUUACUAGUGUUUUGUUUUAUUGUACUUGCAUGAUAUAAUUUUCUGGCUAUACUGUAAAAAUAUACAUUCUUUAUUACACACAGGGCAUUAAUCGAA